AGAUUGCUCUUCGGGACAAGCGGGGACGGGGGCGCCCGGCCGCUGGAUCUGCCUGUGGAAGCUCACUCGGCUGCCGCUGAAAGGAGGUUUGAGCUGCAGGGCCACAGAUUUGAAGCUGCUCCAGAGCAGCUGCGGCAGCCGCGCCUGGUCCGAGUGGGGCUGAUCCAGAACAAGAUUCCUCUGGCCACCGACGCGCCGGUCACCGAACAGGUAACUGCGCUACACGAACGCAUAAAAGAGAUUGUGGAAGUGGCAGAAAUGUGUGGAGUAAAUGUGAUCUGUUUCCAAGAGGCCUGGACCAUGCCUUUUGCUUUCUGUACACGAGAGAGGCUGCCUUGGACUGAAUUUGCUGAGUCAGCAGAAGAUGGACCAACCACAAGAUUUUGCCAGAAGCUGGCUAAGCAGCACAAUCUGGUUGUGGUGUCUCCCAUCCUGGAAAGAGACGCUGCGCAUGGAGAAACUCUGUGGAAUACAGCGGUGGUCAUUUCCAACUCUGGUUCUGUGCUUGGCAAGAGCAGGAAGAAUCACAUCCCACGGGUGGGAGACUUCAAUGAGUCAACAUAUUACAUGGAAGGGGACAGAGGACAUCCCGUGUUCGAGACCCAGUAUGGGAAGAUUGCUGUGAACAUUUGCUUCGGUCGCCAUCAUCCCCUCAACUGGCUCAUGUAUAGUUUGAAUGGAGCAGAGAUCAUCUUUAAUCCUUCAGCCACUAUUGGCAAACUCAGCGAAUCCCUGUGGCCCAUUGAGGCAAGAGAUGCUGCCAUUGCCAACCACUGCUUCACCUGCGCCAUCAACCGUGUGGGGACGGAAGUUUACCCAAACCCGUUUACAUCUGGAGAUGGAGAACCCGCCCAUCAUGACUUGGGCUAUUUUUAUGGCUCAAGUUAUGUAGCCGCUCCAAAUGGAAGUCGGACCCCAGGACUGUCACGAACCCACGAUGGGCUUUUGGUGGCAGAGAUGGAUCUAAAUCUUUGCAGACAAGUUAGCGAUAAAUGGAAUUUUAAGAUGACUGGAAGGUACAAGAUGUAUGCCGAGGAACUUGCUGCAUUUGUCCAGCCCAACUUCGUGCCCAGUGUUAUCAGAGAGUAACUUCUCUACUCAUAGAAAGGAGGAGGAAUCUCUCAAGACGUGUCCAUCUUUACAGGAAUGGAGAAUUCUUCUUUAGAUGGGCCCUGCGGCCCUCUGGCUUUUUUGAACCUGUCACUCCCUGACCGGUCUCCUGUAUUAAAAGCUGCCCUUGAUAACUCCUCAGUUGCAAAAGUGGUUUUGUAAAUGGGGCAUGGAGACAAACAUCUAAAACCUCCCACAAUAAAUGGAAUUAUUUGGUCA